AUGGCCGACGACCUCAACACGGGCAGAAUAAAGGAAUGGCGGUCGAUAUUGACGCUCAUUGUGUUUGUGCUCGCGAAUAUCGUGGUGCUGUUCCCAUUCCACGUUCCCAUCUAUAUCCCUCGAUCACUGUGCAACGCAGCCCUAAACAGUUUGAGUGCACUGCGCAUCAUACCAAGCAGAGAGAAAACAAGCAAUGGUCCAGAAGCAUUAUUCGUAAAGUUCAGUGUUCCGCUGAAUUCAAUAACCGCCCCGUUGAUCGCAGACCUCUUUCUCCUCGCAAUCCUGGCCAUCGGCCGUCAAGAAAUCCACGAUGGAACCGUCGGCGCAAACAACAUCAAUCCAAUUGACAUCAUGGUAUUCUUCCUCACGCUCGCAUAUAUCGCCAUCUCGAUCGACGCCUCGGGACUGAUCCGCUACCUGGCGUUCAAAGUACUCCAGAAAGGAGGAGAGGUGGGCCACCGGCUGUUCUUCUACCUGUACUCGUUCUUCUUCGUGCUGGGCAGCUUCAUUGGCAACGACCCGAUUAUCUUGUCCGGGACUGCUUUCCUUGCAUACAUGACCCGCGUGUCGAGCAAUAUCAUCCACCCGCGUGCGUGGAUUCACACGCAGUUUGCCGUUGCCAAUAUCGCGUCUGCCAUCCUCGUAUCAUCCAACCCGACAAACCUCGUGUUGGCAGGCGCCUUCGAAAUCAAGUUCAUUGUUUACACCGCCAACAUGAUCGUCCCCGUCGUUGUGACGGCCAUCGUGCUCUUCCCAUUUCUGUUGUAUAUCAUUUUCGCCGACGAAUCUCUCAUCCCGUUCUCUAUCAAAAUGCAUGAGCUCUCCGAAGAAGCCAAAACGCGCAAACCCGUCAACCCAAACAUCCCACAUGCCAGAGGCAACACCGAAGAGCCACCAAACCAGGACGAUGAGCAGGAUAAGCUCAUGUCACUCGAAGAAAUCAUGAACCCAUUCCUCGACAAAGGGGGUGCUGCCUUUGGCGCUGUCAUUAUGGCGGCAACUCUUAUCACGCUACUCGCCCUGAAUGCGGCGAGCAACUCGGGCGGCGAGCACCCGGUGUUUUGGGUAACGUUGCCGGCUGCCUUCGUCAUGUUUUGUUGGGACGUCGUGUUCGGCUGGUAUCACCGGCACGAGACACGCGAAAUCGCCGCCAAGGGUCGACAAGAGGCGGAGAAUGUUCGCGCGGAACGAAAAAUCCAAGGCGAACAGGAGGCCGUGCCAAUAUCCGCGAGUCAGGGUGCGUCUGAUGGUAACGAGUCUGUACAAGUGGACUCGAGGGACGUUUCACCGCACACUCGCCAUCCUGCGGACCUGCAUACCGACGACGAUAUCUCCCUUGCCGCCGUCGAUGGUAGCGUCGAUAGACCGUCAUCGCGGUCUGACCACGAGACGCCAAGAUCUGCCGCCGCCCUGGUGCCACGAGCCGCAGACCGGCUCUCAAACGAGAAGCUACCCGCUGCGGCAAGCACAUCGGAAACCAAACCUGAACUGAUCCUCACAUCCUCCCCCGAGCCUCUGGGCACAUACCCGAACAACGGGAUAGAUGAGGAGAAGCGCGGCGGCGCCCAAAUAUCCGCAACAGAGCCUCGGACAUUGGUCUCACUAGCGGCGGAUCUACAUCGAUGGCUGCAAGAGACCUUCCCCACUGUGACCGUUGUCGUCUCACACAUGCCUUUUCCGCUCGUGCCCUUUGCACUAUCGAUGUUCGUGCUUGUACAGGCACUCGUCACUAAGGGCUGGGUCCCAGUGUUCGCACACGGCUGGGACCACUGGGUCGGCAGAACAGGGACGGUGGGGAGUGUCGGAGGGAUGGGAUUUUUGUCCGUGAUUCUCUGCAACUUCGCCGGCACAAACAUCGGCACAACGAUCCUCCUCUCGCGCGUCAUCCAGGCGUGGCAGGAGAUCCACCGCCGCAACGGGAUCCCGAUCAGCGACCGCACGUUCUGGGCGACGGUGUAUAGCAUGGCGAUUGGAGUCAACUACGGGGCAUUCAGCACGGCGUUCAGCGCGUCGCUGGCCGGCCUGCUGUGGCGGGAUAUCCUGAAACGGAAGUUUAUUAUUGUGCGCAGCCUGGACUUUGCGCGCGUGAAUCUGCCCAUCAUUGCUAUUUCUAUGGCGGUUGGGUGUACGGUGCUUGUUGGGGAGAUUUAUAUUAUGCGGGAUGAUCGUCCAGACACAGCUCUAAAACCCAAUCUAAACGCCGAAGACACCAGCAAUGACCAGAUAUUCACAUAA